CGCCGAACUCCAGUUUCCAAAGUUUAGAGUGAUGCUAAGGUUAGCCGAUGGACGGCAGUGAGUCUCUGUCCUCAUUAACCGCGCAUAGAUGGAUGACAUCAAUGUUUUACACCACAGAUGCCUUCUCAAUUUGAGGCGUAGAAUUCGAGACAUAGAAGAUGGUCACCCAGCGCAGGAUCGAUGCAUGAGGUUGCAGAAGGAUGGAGACACACUUAGUUACCAAGGGAACUCAGAGGAAGUGGGUUGCUAUGUGGCUGGCCAUCCUUUAUCAAAGGGAAAUUGCUACUUUGAGGUAACAAUAGUGGACACAGGAGUGAGGGGAACCAUCGCGGUGGGCCUGGUGCCUAAAUUCUACAGGCUGGACCACCAGCCUGGCUGGCUGCCAUACUCUGUAGCUUACCAUGCUGACAACGGCAAGUUGUAUAAUGGUAACCCUGUUGGAAAGCAGUUUGGGCCAAAAUGCGCUCGUGGUGACCGCAUUGGCUGCGGCAUACACUCAGAAAACACAGAAGCUGGUCUUAUUACUGUCUUCUUCACCAAAAAUGGCAGAGAGGUGGGUUCAAUAGAGGUUCCUGUGUCGUCUGAGGGCCUUUACCCGGCUGUAGGUAUGCACUCCAUGGGGGAGGAGGUGAAGGUCGACCUGCGGGCGGAGUGGCUCUUAGAGGAGGAUGACACCAUGAUGAUGGUUGACAGCCAUGAAGAUGACUGGGGACGGCUCCAUGACGUCAGAGUCAGCGGCAUGCUCCUGGAAUAUGUUGGCAAAGGAAAGAGCAUCAUGGACGUUGGUUUGGCUCAGGCCCGCCAGCCGCUCACCACCCGCUGCCACUACUAUGAAGUGGAGAUAGUUGAUGCUGGGGAGAAGUGCUACAUCGCCUUGGGCUUGGCAAGAAGGGAUUAUCCCAAGAACAGACACCCUGGGUGGAGCCGAGGGUCCGUCGCCUAUCAUGCAGAUGAUGGGAAGAUCUUCUACGGCAUCGGAGUUGGAGACGCUUUCGGGCCCCGCUGCUUCAAAGGAGACAUCAUGGGGUGCGGCAUCAUGUUCCCACGUGAUUACAGCCUGGACGGAGACGGUUCAGCUGACGUGGAAGACUUGGGUUGGCUGGAGGGCCAACCCAGUCAAGAUGGCGUCCAGAACGUUCUGUAUCUUAAUGGUGAAGACGAGGAAGAGGAGGAAGGGGACGAAGUCGCUCAGGAACAGCAGGGAAAGAAGGUGACGGUGUUUUUCACCAGGAACGGGAAGCUGAUGGGUCGACGGGAGAUGGUGGUCCCGCCUGGAGGUCUGUACCCCACUGUGGGGAUGCUGAGCAGCGGUGAGAAAGUCAAGGUGGACCUGCAUCCUCUCAGCGGAUGAACCGAGAGGUCGUAAGCCGGCGCACGCACCAUCCAGCUGCACACACGCACGUCUCCCUCUGCACUGCUCUGGAUUUUAUUUAUAAAGCUUAUCAUCGCAGUAAGAACAGACCACAAGCUCUGGCAGCAACGGUUACUUCUAUGCAAUCUGCUCUGCUGCCAUCCUCCUUCUGCAUGCACUUUGUCUCUGAAACACUGAGCUGGUAAAUGCCCUCACGCAGUCUCGCUUUUUUCCAUUUGUCACGACCCCGAGCAAAGCGGAGAGAGGCCAACGUCAGUUUGUUUCAGGGAACAGGACUCCCUCCCUCUGGGCGAUCAGGGACCUCACAUGCUGCUCUCCCAGAGCCAGACGUGGAGCUCCUCCGUUUCCUCAUAGCUGCAGAGUCCUCCUUAAAUUAGUGUUGCGAAACAAACCAAGCGUUCGGCGCGUCUGCUGAGCAGCGCCGCGUCGGAUAUUUUUCCCAAGAGCUCAAUUUUCAGCCAAAAUCCAAAUAAAAACGGGUCAGAAACAUUUUCUACAUGCCAUCUUUGAAAAUCAAAUAUUUAAGAGAAUUUAUCUCGUUCAGGGAAUAUUUGUGUGUUUUAGCACUUUAAUAGAUAAACUUUGGCUUUAUAUUCUGGAUCCAAACUGUGAGCAAAGGCCAAUACUGACUGAUCAAUUUAUGCAAUCCACAUAAAAAAGUGUAAAUAAAUGACUUAAUGUUUGGAAGAAAGAUUUAAAUCUGCUCAGUUUUAUCUCUGACUCCAGUCCUGAGAGUUGCUAUGCCCCAACCUCUAGAUGACCUUUCAACUCUGCAGGGGCCUGAUAGCAACACAUUCAUGUAGUUCAGGUGUUUUGGAGAAGGAAUGCAUCUAAAAGUUGUACCUCUCAGGACUGGAUUUAGACUCCCAGCUUAAUGUGAAAACAGUGCUGGAUAUUUUCAUGCAGAUGUUCGUUGUUGCAUGCUCAUUGGUCUCCUGCAUUCCACUGAAAGGUGGCAAGAACAAUUCUGCAUCACAAAGUUCAGGCUGAUAUUUCCCUUUAAAUGUUGCCAGAUUUCUACAUUGAGCUGCAGAGUUGAGUCUGUUUUGUUUCUCAAAUGAUUAAAGUUUGAUGAAACGAGACGCGUCAGCGAUAUUAAAGUUUAUUAAUUAACAAACAAGAGCCUCAGUAGAAAACUCCUGGUAGCUCCUCUUGCUGAUCACCAGAUUGGUCACACUCUGAUGCCCAAAAGUAUUAAUAGCCUGGCAGAUUUAGAUGCAAAACUAUUUUAAAGUGGCACAGACAUCUCUCAAAAAAUAAUAGGACAAUGUGUAAGUGUGUCAUAAAUUUAUAUACUUAUAUUUUAAAUCUGCGGUAUGUAACUUGUCGAAACUGUCGCUAUGUCGUAACAGUAUUGCAUGAGACAGAUAAUAUGAAAUAUAUUGUUCUCCUUUGCCUUGUCUCAGUGUUGACUAGAAACAACCAAUCAGAGCCAGGAGGCGGGUCUUAGCGCUGUCAACCUCUAUGUGGCACUGCUAGCAGCUAGCAGAGCCUUUUGUAAAUGCUAAAGCUAGUUAACAUGGCAGAAAAAUGGUUUUUCUGUAAUGGUGUGUUGUUUCUCCGCCAUUAGCACAUUUAACAGCAAGAACAUGAAGUUGAUUAGCAGCGUUAAGACCCUCCUCUUUGCUCUGAUUGGCUGCUUUUGGUCAGGAGCGAAUCGUUUCUUAAGGCGGUAGCAUGAGCUCAGGGAGGAGGUUGAUCUUUUUACAGAUUAUUUUUCUCAUUCUGUCACAACAUGGUUUUAACAAAGAUGUAAACAUUUUUUAAGUAAAAGUUACAGCUGCUGCAGCUUUAAUAAAAAAAAUAGCUCAGUCAGAUUAUUUCCGCCCAGAAGAAACAAGUUAGCUACUUUAAAUCACUUCACAAAUUCACCCAACAAAAACAUUACAAAAUCAAUCAGAUCAAUGGUUAACAAGGGCAGUGAGGCAUUCUGGGUCGUAGGAAUCAAACGGCAUCAGUAGCGUGAGGUGAACUGAGGACGGACUUUCUGGUUCUGAGACAUUUAAAAGAGGACACCGACUCUGCCGACCCGAUCGCUUCAGGCAGCUUCAGGCAAAGUUCAGCGGCUGCAGCCACAGUCGACCCGUCAGCCGGAGAACGGUGAACCGCACUCAAAAAAUCAGCCCUGAGUGGAAAAAUCUCCCAUAAUGUGAUGUUUAAUUCUAACAUCAGGUUCUGCUGGGCCGACCUGAACGCUGUGAUGCAGAAUCCAACAUCAGCAAAAGCUUUGUGAUGAGUCUGGUGGAGCUGGUUUCCACAUAACUUUAAAGAACCUGAAAAUAAUCGAAUCUGUAAAAAUAAACCAACUAGGCCUGUUAUAAUAGCAAAUUUUACUGGACGAUAAAUGAUCCCAGAAGUUAUCGCGAUAAACAAUAAUAUUGUUGUUUUGAGACCAUUUUCAAGUAAUAUAAUGGUAAUAAUGACCUAAAAAUGCAAGACACAUUCUAAAAGGUCAAUAAAUUUAGUGAAUAUUUAACAAUGGAACUGGAGGACAUUUUAAAUAUCCAAAAUAAAUAAACAAGACAACAGAAACAACAAAUGAAAUGAAUUAUGGAGUCUCUGUAAACAAACUGUCCUUCAAAAAAAGGGCUAGUUUACACCAGAACAUCAAACUGGAAACUUAGUAGAAAGAGAGAGAAAAAGAGAAAAACUAUAAAUCAAGCUAAUGGAAAUUAUUGAGCUAUGUUUAAUGUAUCAUUUCUGUUUUGGUCUCAACUAUUACUUUUUUUUGAAGGACAGUUUUGUUUACAGACUUUUAUCCUCCAGUUUUUGGCAUAAAAGGUUUUAUUUAUCAUGCGAUUAAAUUGUUUAUUGCUUAUUAUGACAGGCCUAUUGUCUUUUCUAAACAGAAUUUAUGACAUAAACCAACACAAAACUGUGAAGUGGAAGUGAAAUAAAGUUUUUUAAAGAUUUUACAUGGAAAAUGUUGGUAUGCAUUUAUAUUAAACCCCUGUUACUCUGAUACCAUAAAGAAAAUCAAACAGCGUCCCUGUUUGCGGUUCAAAACAUUCAAAUCAGAACCAAAAUGCAAAUCUAUAAAAAAUCAAAAGUACUUAAAAAUCAAACACAGAAAAACUAAUUCAUCUUUAUAUUUAAAUUUUUUUUUUUUAUUAAAAUGAAAUGCAUAUAUAGUGAUAGUUCUUUAAGAUACAGCCACAGAGUCUAAUUGGCAGCUUGAAAAUACAAUGAACCAAUCACAGCAAACAUUACUAAGAUGACUUCCUGGGCUCUUAAAGUCAAACAUACAGUUUCAAUUUCAACAAUAAUAAAACAAAAGAUUUUUGUUGAAAACUAUUUUCUUGAUAGAUGAAUCCUGCAUCCAAACUACAGCAAGAGAACUGAGGUUAAAAAAAUAGCCAGGGGCAAGACAUAAAAGGUACAAAAGUUUCUAGAUAAGUGAUUUAUCUUUGAACCUGAAACAAGCAAAGGUCACAAUGCAGUCCGACCAGCCUAGAGUCGAAGAGGUUGCAUUCGACGACAUCGAAAGGGAAUUACAGAUACCCAAGAAACCCAAGCGCAAGCAGAAGAAGGCGUCAUUUGCAGUCUGGUUGGAGCUGCACCCCUUUAGGAGCUAAAGAUGUCUGCUGAAAAUAUCGAACAGCAGGAUGCUCCACUGGUGAUUGAAAUGAAUCGAUUGCCAAAGCACAGGAGACGAUGGAUCAAAAAGGGGACAGACAGCCACCUGAGAGUGAGUCCAAUGAGAAGAACCAGGUGCCAUUUAAAACCUGGUCAGAGGAACACGCCCCCAUUGACCAAGAGAUUUCUGCAGGAAACAUUGAAAAGCAGAACAAUUCACUGGUCAGUGAAGAAGAGUCCACCGCUAGAAUGCAGGAGACAUCGAUACAGCAGAGAAGGAACAGCCCUCUAAGUUUGAGGAACAGCCACCAACAACGAGGCGCAACAAAAAGAAAAAAUACCGUUUGACAUCUGGUUGGAGAAACAUGCCCCUGCUGAUCUUAAGAUUUCAGCUGAAGGUACUGGUACAGAAGACGUUUCACCAGUUACCAAAAAGCAUCGAUCUCCGGACUGCAGGAAACAAUCAAUAUUGCAGAGAAGUUCAUUAAGUCUUGUGCUGAAAAUGUUAAUAAGCAAGACAUUUCUCUGCCUGAAAAAGGUAAUCUGGAAGAUUCCUUAAAGAAAGAGAUUUGCAAAGAGGAACCAGCUGUUUCUACAAAACGGCUGGUCACCGAAGAGAAAUCCAUCUCCAAACCACAACAGAAAGUGGAUCAAAAAGGGGAGAAACAGACAUCAAAGACAAGCGCAUCAAGAAGAAGCCACUGCUAUGGAAAUCUUUCCCCGAGUCAUACGCUUGCAUAGAUCUUAUGUUUCUUACUGAGAAUAGUGACAUUGAUAACGGUCCUCUGCCUGUUAUCAAUGUCACUGCCUGAUAACUUUGCCUGAUAAACAAAGUUAUCAGGCAGCUUUGCCCAGCAGCGGAAAGAAGACAUUUUGGAAAGUGUUCCCCAAGUCAGAACCUCGGAUAGGUGUAAGUUUAAUGCUGAGAAUAUUGAAACCCAAAACGUUUCAAAGCCAGCACAAGAACGUGACGAGGUGGCUUCCUUGAAAAAAGAAAGUUAUUCCAAGAAAACUGUGAUUUCUUCAACACAGCUAGUCACCAAGAAGGACUCCAUCUUCAAACCGCAGGAGACUCUGGAUCAAAAAGGAGAAAGAUCCAUCUCCAGGUAAUCCCAAGGACAACAUACAAACAGAAAAUUUAACUGAGGUUCCUGUUCAUCACCAGAAGAUGUUCAAGGAGAGUGUUUCAGUCAAAUUCAGAAUUUGCCCCACUCUUCUGAAAAGACAAGUCAAGCAAAGUGGACAUGUCUUGCCAAAUAUAAGGAGUCUGCAUUGAAAUAUAUCAAAGUACAGAAAUACUUAAAAAAAAACAGCUUGAUGAGAUGUUCGCUACAAAUCAUGAACUAAAUGUUAAACUUAGAUAUCAGAAAGAUCUGAUGAGGAAAGGACUGUCAGAGAGAAGCCAAAGCAAGAAUUCAAUAGUUUCUGUUCUAUCGGUUAAAACCAGUCAGUUGAACAAUUGAAUUGGAAACCCUCAGAAAAGAAAAGGUUUCUGAACUAAACAGUGGAGAACAAGACAUUUCAGCAACAGAAAUAGUUGUAGAUCAGACAGCUACCAUCAAAGACGAGAUUCACUCAAAUGAAACGGUGAUCAGUAAACGACAGCAGGCAAUCGAAGAAGAAACGGUCUCCACAUCACAACAAAAUGGGAACCAUUAAGAUAAGAAAAAGCCAUCAAAGAAAUAUAAAUGUAAGAAUCAGAGAAAGGCAGGAAUGAAAGCUGCCUGUGAGCUGGAGACCCUCAAUGAAGAAAACGUUUCAGGAGAAAACAGUGACCAAUACGUUUCAGUACCGGAAACAGUUGGGGUUCAGACAGCCACAAUCAAAAACGAGAUUCAUACAAAAGAAACAGUGAUCACUAAAGUACAGCAGAUCACCGAGGAAGAAACUGUCUCUGAAAACCAACCAAAUGGGGACCAGCAAGAUAAGAAAAAGCCAUCAAGGAAAUCUAAAUGGAGGAUCAAGAGACGGGCAGCAAUGAAAGCUGCCUCUGAAUUGGAAAACCUCAACAAGGACAAAGUUUCUGGAAAAAACGGCAAACAAGAAGCUUCUGUGCCUGAAACAGUUGGGGAUCAGACAGCCGCAGUCAUAAUCGAGAUUCAUAAAAAUGAAAUGGUGAUUGGUUAAACCACAGCAGGCGACUGAAGACGAAAUGGUCCCUAAAAUACCACAAAAUGGGGACCAGCAGGAUGAGAAAAACACCAAGACACCAAAAACUGAUUUAGGAAUAAUACCAGAGAUCCUCCAGACAUAAAUAGAGACAAAACCUUGUAAAGUUUCAGAAGAUGUAACAGGUGAGGUUCCUGUAGUUUCCACAGAAGGGGAGAGUGGUGUAAUGGAAGAACAGAGAACAUCCCCUCCACAGAUAAAGGCUACAUUUAACGAAGAUGUAAUCCAAACACCUCAAGAAUCACAAAGUCAAGCAGCUGAAGAGUCAGCUGAACAGAAUAAUGUCUCUGAACAAGAAGAGCCCCAGGAAGAAGAUUUCACUGCGGAGGCGAAUCCAAAAGGCUUUAACUCCAUCAUGUCUGCGCUAAUUCAAAGACAGACGUUAAGUCCAAACAGCGCAGACAUCAACUUAUGUCCCCAGUAGAUUAGAUUUAAAAGGUGUUGGGGCUACGUGUGUUUUGGGUGAUUGGUGGGAAUUGAAAAAAGAGCUGCUGUUGUUGUUAAUUGGACAUUUUAAUAUAAAAAAGACAGGACUGCACGGUGGGAAAUGUCUCCCCGUAUAGGUGUGGGUUCACUCCGGGUGCUUCGGCUUCCCCCACGUUCAGCAACAUCCAUUAUAAGAUUUGUAUUUCUAAUUCUAAACAGAAAAUAAGACGACCACAUUUAUCAAAGGGAAAUUUAGGAAAAAAAUGUAAACAACAUGGAGCAAAAAAAUAAAAGCUCAAAUACAAAUGCAUGCCACACUUUUCAGAUUAAAUGUUACAAGAAAUAUGACAACCAGGGUCCCUUUUUCUUCCACUUUGCAGUUACGCACCACUUUGUGUUGAUUUAUCCCAUAAAAUCCCAAUAAAAAACAUUUAAUUUUCUGGUUGCAACAUGACUAAACGUGCAAAACGUUCAUGGGGUGUGAAUACUUUUGUAAAACGUGACGUAAAACUUUGAAAUCACAUCUGCUGACGUAUCAAUUUCUACCUGUUAUGUUGUUAUUUUCUUUAAAAAUAGAAUAAACUCAGCUUAAAUCAGUCAGGUUUUGUUCUGACCAAAUAAAAACUGGAAAUAAAAUGUCGCUCAGAUUGGAGCCAAACAUGAUUUUAAUUUUUCCAAAUGCAGUCGUUCCUGUUGUAAAGUUCUGCCUUGUUCAAUUGCACUAUGAUAUCCUGAUUCACAUGAUUAUGAAUAAACAUUUUAUUAAUGUUAA